CUAAAUAAUAACCGCUGGCACAGAGAAGGGGAGGGGACGAGCCUCCACUAAACAUGGAAGGGAAAAGAGAAAGCCAAGUUGCACAUUGAAUGUCUAAAUGUCUGCUUUUACAAGGGAACACUCGACAAGGGUUUACCUACUGGUGGGACAAGGAAGAAACUGAAACCCUGCACUCCUUUUGGCUUCUUGGACAAAAAAUAGCAACCAACAGGGAUUGGUUGAACAAGAUCUGACCUCGCUGGAAAAGGACAUUUUCUUCUGGAACAUAUUUUAAGCCCCUUCUUUGUGAUUGUUAUUGGAUUUGAAGCUUCCAGCUACAGCCAAACCACAAGUACCGCAACUUAACAGAGGCCUGUCUUGUCAAUAUUUGAUAGCUUCUAAAUGGCUACGGAUUUUACAUCCUGAUUUAUGAGCCUUUAAAGCUAUUACAACCUUCUUCAAGAGUUCAAUACAAAAUUGAAGCUACAGUAGGUCACAGUUGCCUCAUAAGUUAUUGAUACGUCUCAACAUCUUUUUGUAUCACCCAACAAAAAGUGACAGUCCACCCUGCGCUCUUAACUCGACAAUUCAGGAUGGAGACGCACAUCUACUCGGCUACAGGCAUGGCCGCCAAGCUGAGAAGCCAAUGGGAUCGCGAUGAGGGUUUGGGACAGAACCACAACGCCUUCAAGCUCCUGGGUCAGGACUACGGUUCCCUGAGAGCACAGUGCCUCCAGAGUGGGAGGCUGUUUGAGGAUAAUUUGUUCCCCUGUGCUGCAUCGUCUUUGGGAUUCGAGGAGCUGGGACCGAGAUCGUCCAAGACCCAAGGAGUGCGCUGGAUGAGGCCCACGGAGUUCUGCAAGCGGCCUGAGUUCAUCGUAGACGGAGCCACUCGCACAGACAUCUGUCAGGGAGCUCUGGGUGACUGCUGGCUCCUGGCAGCCAUCGCCUCGCUGACCCUGAAUGACAACCUCCUGCACAGGGUGGUCCCUCAUGGACAGGGCUUCGGGCAGGGAUACACCGGCAUCUUUCACUUCCAGUUCUGGCAGUUUGGCGAGUGGGUGGAGGUCGUGAUCGACGACCGGCUGCCAGUGAAGGAUGGGAAGCUGCUGUUCGUCCACUCUGCAGAGGGGACCGAGUUCUGGAGCGCACUGCUGGAGAAGGCCUACGCUAAGCUGAACGGCUGCUACGAGGCUCUGUCGGGCGGCAGCACGUCAGAAGGCUUUGAGGACUUCACAGGCGGUGUAACGGAGAUGUUUGAGCUGAGUAAAGCCCCCUCCGACCUCUUCAGCAUCAUCAGCAGAGCCAUAGAGAGAGGAUCUCUCCUGGGCUGCUCUAUAGACAUCACCAACACCAAAGACAUGGAGGCAGUUACAUUCAAGAAGCUGGUGAAGGGACACGCCUACUCUGUGACCGGUGUGGACGAGGUGGUGUACAGAGGAAGUAUGACCAAGCUGGUUCGCAUCAGAAACCCAUGGGGAGAAGUGGAAUGGACUGGAGCCUGGAGCGACAACUCCAGAGAGUGGGACAAUGUGGAUCGCUCCGUCAAAAGUCGACUACAGAACCGGAGUGAGGACGGAGAAUUCUGGAUGUCGUUCAGCGACUUCCUGCGAGAGUUCAGCCGUCUGGAGCUCUGCAACCUGACGGCCGACGCUCUGCAGAACAGCCAGCUGAAGAAAUGGAGCUCCUCGCUCUACCAGGGCGAGUGGAGGAGGGGCAGCACUGCCGGAGGCUGCAGGAACUUCCCAGCAACCUUUUGGCUGAACCCUCAAUUCAAGCUUGCGCUGCAGCACCCGGACACUCCCGGCCAAUCAGAUUGCAGCUUUUUGGUCGGCCUCAUGCAAAAGGACCGCAGGAAGAAACGUCGGGAAGGCAAAGACAUGGAGACCAUUGGGUUUGCAGUCUAUGAGGUUCCACGGGAGUUUGUGGGCAGAUCAGGGGUCCACCUGAAGCGUGAGUUCUUCCUCACGCACGCCUCCAGUGCUCGCUCAGAGCUCUUCAUCAACCUGAGGGAGGUCAGCUCGCGGUUGAGUUUGCCGGCCGGGGAAUACAUCAUCGUCCCGUCCACCUUCGAGCCGCACAAAGAGGCCGACUUUGUCCUCAGGGUUUUCUCUGAGAAACCCGCCAACUCUGAGGAGCUUGAUGAUGACAUAAAAGCAGAACUUCCACCGGAGACGGAGGUAGAUGAGAGCCAGAUCGACGACGGCUUCAAGAAUCUCUUCAGACAGCUGGCAGGGCCGGACAUGGAGAUCAGUAUUACAGAACUGCAAACCAUUCUGAACAGGAUCAUCAGCAAACAUAAAGACCUGAAGACAGACGGCUUCGGUAAAGAAGCUUGUCGCAGCAUGAUCAACCUCAUGGAUACGGACGGCAGUGGAAAGCUUGGCCUGACAGAGUUUCAUGUUCUUUGGGAGAAGAUUAAACGAUACCUGACUGUGUUCAGGCAGUUUGACCUGGACAAAUCGGGCACUAUGAGCUCCUAUGAGAUGAGGAUGGCUCUUGAAUCUGCAGGUUUCAAGCUAACCAACCAACUGUUCCAGCUGAUCAUCCUGCGAUACACAGAGGCAGACAUGGCUGUUGACUUUGACAACUUUGUUACCUGUCUGGUCAGACUGGAGACUAUGUACAAAACCUUUAAGUCAAUGGACACAGAUAACGACAAUGUUAUAUCCCUCGACUUCUUUCAGUGGAUCACCCUGACCAUGUUUGCCUAGAGCUGAGUGGACUCUUCUGUCACCGUUGCCCUGCGUCCUGCAGCAGCUCCAGGCCUCAGCAUGAGUCAUCUCAGAAGUGCCUUUUUCUGCACCAGUUCUUCCUGUGAGGCCCUCAGACGCUUAAAGACUGUAAAUCCAUCUUUACAGUGCCUACAUUGGAAACCUGUGCUAAUCUUUUUAAUCUGUCGCCUGGAUGCUUCCUUCUCGUAGCCUGGCAGUGAAUUCUGUUGUAGCACUGACUGUUAGCUAGGCCGACUGUUUUUACGCUGUACAUACGUUUCUUUAUGGCAUAACUACGUUGGGAGCAUAGAUAAACAUAUUGGUUACUUUUCAGUGUAUAGGAACAACAAAGUACUGGGUUUUUUGUGCCAUUGUGGAGCUCCCAGGAGUAAAAAACAUCUAUCUUUUUGUAUUUUCGAUCCAAAGCCAAAAGAAGCUAGCUUAACUGCCAGGUUCCAAAACACCAAACAUCACACUUAAAACUAACUGAAAGUAAAAACUAGGUGAUCAUACACAUUAAUUAGAGUGCCCACAGAUCAAGAGGGUUAACUGUACAUUGUUUUACUUUCAAAGGACUAGCUGUUCAUUUGAAUAUUUUCAGUAGAGGUUCCAUCCAUGGGUCUAUCUGUCUGAUUCAACUUUCAUUCAGUUAUUCUUAUCCAAAAUUGUCUGAUUUGGUAUUUGCUAGGGAUGCACCGAUUUGAUCCUGGUAUCGGAUAUCUGCCAGAUCGGACUCAAAAAGCUAGAUCGGAUAUCAGUGACAAGGGGCCGAUACAUAGUGCUGAUUCAUAUGGCACAUCUAUUCAUCUUAGUUCUAUGCGUUUUUGUGUUUACAACAGCCAUGUGCGUCUCCUACGUCAUCAGCUACAGCCGGUCUGUGCAUUUUCUUACCCAGCAGAGCAUGAUGGAAGAUAACUACAAGGCUCUGUAGUUUAGCUGCAUGUCACGCUUCUUUUGCUAACAACUCCGCUGGAAACUUGCAACAUGUGCAGCGCUAAUGUUUAGACGGAUCGGCUAGUAUCAGUAUUGGCAGAUACCAAAGCCCAGGUAUCGAUAUCGGUAUCGGGACCUAAAAAGUAGGAUUGGUGCAUCCCUAGUAUUUGCCUGUGUAUUAUGACUAGUCUAGUGCAGCUAAGCUCAGCUAAGCUAGGCUAUGCUAAGCUAGGUUACGCUAUGCUAAUUAGAAUAACAAAACUUUUUCAACUUUAAUUGUUCUCAUGCCCUCACUCCCAAGUUUGCCAUACUCAACAAGCCAAGUUGCCAACUAGAACUUCAAAACCUUACUUUUCUUUGAUUACGCUUCACUGUUACUCAACCAAUACAAUUAUUUUUGCUCCGGUAACUCAAUGUCGAACCAAAAGUUAAGUCUGCGAGUUUUGGUCAAUCAAAGGUGGUGAACUUGAAAGUAAAUUAGUGGUUUUUAAAUUUUAUAUAUAUAUUUUUUAUAUUAGGAAUUGGCAAUCAAUGAUUAUUAAUCAAAGCUAACUGUUGGAUGAAAAUGUGUAUAUAGUAAUUGAUUGGUUUUAAGGGAUACUGAAGCGUGGGAACAUUCAUCUCUAGAAAAAAUGAUACUUCUGCAUAGACUUUCGUUAAAAGUUGUAAGUCAAUGAGUGAAAAGGUCCUGUGUCUAGCACAUAAAGAGUCCAGAAAAUGAGGACAACCCAAAAAUGUGCAGAAAUGCUCCUUACAGCUGAUUCUUGGUGUCAAGGCAGGCUGGAUGUACUUCAUAUGGACAGUUCAGAGUGUACUCAACGCCCCAUUUUCAGCAUCUAUGAAUGAUCUGCACUCCGCCUCAGUUGCCAGUCAGGCGUUUUCUGUUUACAUCUUGUGCCAAACGUAGCUUCCACCUGAGCAUUAAGGGUCCAAUGAAUGACCCUGCAGUGCUGACACUGAAGUUGUGUGCUGUAUCAUAAGAGAAUAUGUUUCGUUAUAUAUCUUAAAAGCUAAUUCUGUUUAGCUUCAAGACUUACAGAACUUGCUUAUAUUUAUGCAUGACUCUUUUUACUGACUGUUGUUGCAAAAUAUGGAGAAAAAAAAAACACUUUUUCCUGAUGGCUGGAACUGAAUGUGGUAGCUGUUUUAGAAGGGAUGAGUGAGCCUUGUUAAAGUUUACCUUUCAAAGGGAACAAGAACAGUCAAUAAUGAGGUGAAGGUUAAUUAUUAUGCAAGAUGAAUGGAUAUGUUGUGUGCAUGCUUUUUGACAAUGUUGUCUGCCUGCCUUUUUUUCUUUUUAACCUGGGAAGCAAGUGUUCGGUUUUUUUCUUCAGUAAUGUCACUUUUAAAAAAGUCUCUUAAGUAUUUAGGAUCUACGUGUAAUGUGUCAUACUUUGUUAUCAAGAAAGUGUUUCAAACACAGAAAUAUAUUCAUCUGCCAAGGUUUAUAUUCUCCUGCAUAUUUUUUUUACGUGGAGGAAUUCAAUUUGAGAUAUUAAAAUCAAGAAGAAGCGACCACAGAACCCCUGACUUUACGUGACCCCAGAAAUGCCAGCAUUCUUAUCUUCACUUUUUGCAGUGUAAUGCUUAUAUAACAUUAACUACCGUUUACACAAGUAACAUUCAGGGCCCCUUUGGACCCAUUCAUCAAGCAGUGAAUUGAUUUACUGUACAGUGUGUCUGUUUAACUUCAGUGCAUGCACUGAUAAUAAAUUUGAGGAGGAUUUUA